CACACUGCCGAACAGCUGAUUUUGUCGAAUCUAAAAUAUAUUGUAAAUAUUGUCUUGUUAACGAAAUGGUGCGCGUUGGCCUACAAAUUUCCGCCACGCUGGAGAACGUGGACAAACUGGAGACCUGUCAUCCAGACUACUCUUUCUUUUUGAAACUAAAGUGCAGCAACUGUGGCGAACAGUCGGACAAAUGGCACGACAUCACCGAAUCGGAGCGCGUGCAGCAGGAUUCUCGCAAUGCGGCCGGCUUUAAUUUCUUCAUGAAAUGCAAGAUGUGCAGUCGGGAAAACAGCAUAGACAUUGUGGAGAAGUCCAAUGCUCCCUAUACGGCAGACGACUCCGGCGGAUUCAAGACCAUUGUGGUUUUCGAGUGCCGCGGCGCAGAGCCUGUGGAUUUCUCGCCCCGCACCGGAUGGCGAGUCUCAUCGGCGGAAAAUGGCCAGGAGUUCGAGGACGUCGAUCUUUCCGAGGACGAUUGGGUGGAGUACGACCAGAAGCACAACAACUCCGUGGGCGUCUACGAGUUCGCCUCGAAGUUCAUCAAACUGAAGAAGUAACGCUAACUGGAGCAGUUAAAUCAAUCAAACCAGUGAUAAAUCUGAUAUUUGUGAAGGCAAUAAUAGUUUUCCAUUCAAAGACUUUCCACGCCAAUUAAAAAACACUAUGUCUUAAAAUCUUGAAAAACA